AUGAAAGUAUAUCUACGGAAAAGUCCUAGAGCUAUUGCUCUAGUUUCGAAUGGAUAUGUGCUUAUUUUUGAGAAAAGACAAAAUAGUACGUCAUCAUUCCUGAAGGGCGGUUCACCUAAGGUCACAGUGCAAUCAGUGUUAGAAAGCGCUUUUGAUACGGAGCCAUACACACAAUUGAACCACACAACAUUUACUGCAUUGUUCGGAUUGAUCACUGUUAAGGGUCAAGUGUUUAUUGGGAUUAUCACAAGUAACAAAAAGGUCGGAUCUCCCAGAUGGAAACUAAAUGAGCAGGAUAAGGUAAUAGAGGAGGAAACCAUCUAUCAAAUAUUGAACAUUAAUUUCUAUUGCAUAGACAGUGAUAAAUACGACUCAAUGUUUCAAGAUCUCUCUGAUAUAGGCUAUGAAAGACAGUUGACUGAACAUCCAUGUGGGCAUCUAAAAAUGCUUAUCAGUGAUGGGUCAUUUUAUUAUUCCAAUGAUUUUGAUAUCACUAACAGUUUACAAGAGAGAGGAUUGGUGCAUAGAAUUGAGUAUACCAUAGAUAACCAGGAUCAGCGUUAUGUCUGGAAUUAUAACCAAAUUUCCGAAAUCGUACAGCUGCGAUCUAGAAUCGCAGUUCAAGAGCGACCGUAUUUUGAUUCAGGAUCCUUUCUGGUAUUCCUAGUAAGAGGAUUUUGUCAAACGAUAACUGAUGGUAUAUCAUCAUCCUGCACUCUAAUAUCGAGAAUAUCAACGGAAGGUAUGAAUAAUCUAUCAGAAUUCAAGGGAAUUGAUCAGAGCGGAAAGGUUUCUAAUUUUGUCGAAACGGAAAUCAUAGUUCAAACGAGACGAAACGUCUUUUCUUAUACAAUGACUGGUGGUGAUAUACCAUUGAAUUGGGAACUAGUAGAAGGUCAAUUCCUCCAUGGUAAAAAACCGAAGUUGUUAUCAAAGGCAAGCACUGUACAACCUUCUUUUGACCUCCAUUUUGACGAAUUAAUGUCGAAGUACGGUGUUGUCAGCAUAGUCAAUGUUUCGAAACCAAAGAACGAUGCUUACGAAGCAAUGAUAAACACUUACCAAAAAUGCGCUUCAUCAAAGGGUAUUGAUUUAACUUUGAUAGAAGACUCUACCAGUGCGUUGAACAGAAUUCCGCACAGGAUAAUAUAUCUUUUACAACAAAAGAUAUACGAGUUCGGAUCGUUUGCAUACGAUAUGGAUAAGAAAAUUUACGUCGGUAAACAGACUGGUGUCUUCAGGAUUAGUGCCGUGAAUCUUUUCAAGAAGCUAAAUAUUGUGGAGAAAGUUAUCAGCGCCGACGUAUUGGAAUUGACCAUCAAUGAAUUGGAAGAGAAAGACAUUUCUUCAGACUUUUGGAAAUCGCAUGACUCUUUAUGGAAAAGCAACGAUUUCUGGUUAGAGAGGCUUAAUAGCAAGCACUCCAAGAAUCCUUCUAAAUAUAAGAAGAUUUACCGCGGUCUUUUUGAUCCAAGUGCAAUCGUUGCGUUAUAUGAUCCAUUGCAUAUAUAUGUGACCAGAUUUCUAAGACAAAGAAGACACGAAUAUACGUUCGAAAAGGAAAUAUCCAUCUUUGCGGGAACAUUUAAUGUGAAUGGGAAACUUUCGAAAGAGAAACUCGAGGGAUGGUUAAAACCUGAAAACGAGUCCCCUGAUCUAUAUGUCAUUGGUUUGGAAGAGAUAGUCGAGUUAUCACCUGGCCACAUGCUCGCCACAGACCCUUACAUCAAGACUUUCUGGGAAAAGAAACUUCUGAGUGAGAUCAACUCCUAUAAUGACAAGAAGUAUCAUGCUGUGUUUAACAGUCAGCUAGGUGGGCUCGCUUUAUUGGUAUUUACAGAUGAGGAGAACAAAUCGCGGAUCAAGCAUAUAGAGGGUGAUAUGAAGAAAACUGGUUUUGGCGGUAUCUCUUCGAAUAAAGGAGCUAUUGCAGUGCACUUGUGGUUGUCUAACACUAAGUUUUGCUUCGUUGUAUCGCAUCUUUCUGCGGGAUUAGAGAAUGUUGAACAAAGACACAAUGACUAUAAGUCAAUUGCUAAACACAUAAGAUUUUCCAAGGGUACAAGAAUCAAAGAUCAUGACGGUGUUAUUUGGAUGGGUGAUUUCAACUUUCGUAUUCUUCUUUCCAACGAUGAUGUACGCCAGGCAAUCAUAGAUAAGAAUUACCACAGGCUAUUUGAAAAGGAUCAGUUAAACCAGCAAAUGAUAUCUGGGGAGUCUUUUCCAUUUUUCGAUGAGAUGGAAAUUACGUUUCCACCGACGUAUAAGUUCAAUCCUGGUACCGAUGUGUACGAUACUAGUGAAAAAAUGAGAAUACCUGCAUGGACUGAUAGAAUCUUAAGUAGGGGUGAGAUACUUAGACAGGAACUUUAUGGCAGUGCAGAGGAUAUCGUAUUUUCUGACCAUAGACCUGUUUACGGUUUAUUUACGGCCAAGUUAACAGUCAUCGAUGAACCAAAGAAGGCUAAGUUAGUGGCAAGCAUCAAAGACAGUAUAAAUGAAACCUUAAAAGACCUAACAGAAGAAGAAAAACUUGCAUAUUUGGAAGAGAAUGACAUUUUGGCAUCAAAAGAAGAAUACAGUUCAUCCAAUCCAGCAACUGCAAACGAACCAAAGAAAAACAAAAAGCUACCACCACCCAGUUCUGACCAGCACAAAUGGUGGGUUGGAAACGGAAAACAGGCAAAAGUUUCAUUGCAAGUUAAUCCAAAGAAGUAUAUACUAAACCCGGAAAGGAGCAGCAAUCCCUUUCAACAGUCAGAACUGCCGGUUUUCAUGGAAAGAGGCCAACUUUCGGAAAGUGAUCUCCAAAAUAAGAUGGAAUGA